AUGGCCGAAGUCCUCAUCUUCCUCAGCGUGUUGGCCGCUGCCGCUACGGCUGGCUCCGUCACGGAACUCCCCGAGUCUGUGACCAAGCUCAUCGACUACUCCAUCAACCCCUGCGACGACUUUUACCAAUAUGCGUGUGGCGCGUGGCACAAGGAUGCUGUGAUUCCCCCGGACAAACACGAUAUCGAUACGUCGUUCCACGAGAUCAACAUCAAAAGCGAAGCCGUAUUGGCGAAUAUUUUCGCUGACAACACGACCAAGAUUGGUCAGUUUUACAACUCCUGUUUGGACACGGCUACGCUAUCGUCGCUCGGCGUGACUCCGCUGGAGGACUCGUUCAAAGCCAUUCGGUCGGCAAGGACCAAGUUGGACCUCCUCAUCGUGGCUGGUGAAUUGGCCAAGAACGGCAUCCCUGCCUUCGUGGACAUCAGCUCCAGAGUUGACGACGACUCGACCAAGAACAACCUCUUCGCUUACGUACCCCCCCUGUCGCUUGGUCGCACAUUCUACACCAACCCUUCCGAGUGGGAGCUCGUCAAAGCCGAGUAUAAGGAGUACAUUGCGACGGUGUUGCAGCUAGCUGGCUACACUGCUGAGCAAGCGGCAGCUGCCGUGCCUGUGAUCAUCCGUUUCGAGCAAGCGGUGGUGGGUGUUGCCCACAGGGAGCUCAAGGAUAUGGAGGCCGUUGUGUCUCCGUAUACUGCGCUUACGUACUCCCAACUGAACCAGAAGUACCCGCUGCUCGUCGGCUCGUGGCUCAGGGCCCACGGCUUCGAUAUCUACGACCAGUGGGGUGGGUCGAACGACUGGGUGGGGUUUUUGAACUUGAACUACUUUGACACGACCGAAAAGUUGUUGAAGAACACGCCGCUGGACAACCUCCGCACUAUCGUGGAGUACAGGCUCAUCCACUCCUCGUCGAAGCACUUGACCCCUGAAUUCAGCACGGCCAAUUGGAACUUAUUCGGCAAGAAAAUCUAUGGCCAAAAGGUGGAAACUUCUCGUGAAGACUACUGCUUAUCUGAGACGAGCAAGACCCUGUGGGAUCUCAUCGGCCAGUACUUCAUAGACGCGGUGUUGUCGGCUGAUGCAGCCAAGAAGGCCGACGAUCUCGUCAAGGCCUUGAGGUCGUCCUUCUCCACUGGCAUUGCCACCUCCGACUGGUUGGACAACUCGACUCGCGAAAACGCGCAAACGAAGCUGACCAAGCUUAUACACUUGUUGGGUGGCCCAGAGAAGCCGCAGCUGUACCCCACGCUCACAUUCGACUCGAAGUCGUAUUUGAACAACCGGUGGAAGGUGUCUCAAGUGAACAUCGACACCGACUUGAAGCUGAACGGACAACCUGUGGAGAAGCGCAAGUUCAACCGUGCCCCCCAUGAGGCGAACCCGUACUACAACCCUCACGAUAAUGCAAUUGUGUUUCCGGCCGCCAUUUUGCAAAAACCAUUCUUUGACGGCCAGUUUGACGCCGCCCAGAACUUUGGUGCCAUCGGGAUGGUCAUCGGACACGAAAUUACCCACGGGUUCGACAAAAGCGGCCGCAGAGUCGAUGGCGACGGCAACUUGAAACAGUGGUGGUCGAACGCCACCAAUGAUGCGUUCAAGACGAAAGCCCAGUGCUUUAGCGACCAAUACUCCAACAUUGUCGUCAAUAGCGAAGUGACUGACGUUGUCUUGGGCAACAUCAGCGGCAAGGACUCUUUGAAUGAAAACAUUGCAGACAAUGGGGGGCUCAAGACCAGUUUCCGCGCGUACCACGAGUACUUGAAGGAGUUUCCGUCCCAGUACACGGAAGAAGCAGGCGACAAGUUGUUCUAUUUGUCGUUCGCUCAAUCCGCGUGCUCCAAGAACACGGAUGCCUUCCUCCUCAGAUCUUUGAAGCAGACGCAUCCGCGCGGUCGGUAUCGCGUGACAGGGGCGUUGCAAAACAACGCUGAGUUUGCCCGUGUUUUCCAGUGCCCCACCGACUCGUACUUGAACCCGUCCAAGAAGUGCUUGUUGUGGGAAUAG